GGAGGCGCGCGCCUCUGCGCGACACCGGGAGAGCGCGUGCGCGCGCGACAGAGAGCGCGAGAGGGCGGGCGCGAGCCCCGUCCCCGUGCGGCCGCAGAGGAGAAGCAGCGGCGGCAGGCGCGGCGGAGCGACGCCGAGGCUCUUGUUUACCAGCGUUCCUUCUCCGUCGUGCACAGGGAGACAGCGCGAAGGAGGAGGAGAAAGGGGGGAGGACGCGGCAGCAGAGCGCUGCGAGCCCUGCUGCAAGCGAGCGGCGAAUUAAUUGGGAGGAGCAGCAGACCCUUCCCCCCCAACACACCCGCCGCCUUCCCUCCCCGGAGGAAUUACAGACCCUUCGCAACAAGCGUUCCUGGGCUUUGACCUUCAGCAAACCGGAUCGCCUUCCUCGUCACCCCGCCGCCCCCCCUGCUUACACACGCCACACGCACACACACACUUCUUCCCGGCGCCCCCUCCCCCUUCCUUGGGCUGGGCAGCGUGAGGGGAAGGUUUGCAGCGCGCGCACACCCAGAGGAGGAGGGAAAAGAGAAGGGGGAAAAAAAAGGAGAAGGAUUUACAAAUUCGCUGGGUAGUUUUUGUUGUUGUUGUCGUCCUCCUCCUUUUCCCCCCCGCCCGCCCCCGGCGCGAUGGCAAGGCGGCUCGGAGGGAUGCGGGGAGGAGAGCUGCGGGGGGAGGAGGCGGGGUACUGAGCCGCUCCGCUCGCCCUGCUGCUGCUGCUGCUGCUGCUUUGUGUGUGUGUCCUGGAUUUUUUUUUUCUUUUUUUUUUUUUCUUUUUGGAGGAGCCUGUGGCAGCGGCGCCGAGGAGAGGAAGAGGAGGGAGUAGGGGGGGUGAAGCCUUUUUAAUUCAUUUUCGUUCCAAAUUCCGCAUUUCGACUCCCUGCAGCCGGCCGGACUUGUGGUGUUGUUGUUGUGGGUGGUGUUUGUGCGUAGGGUGGUUUUUUUUUUCCACCCCCCCUCCUCGCUGAGCGGGGAGAGGAGCUGGGGGGAUCCCGCCAGGGCAGCCCCGGCCCCGCGCCGAGGGACGUGGAAGCUGUUGUUGUUUUGUAAUAAGAUUGUCUGGGUCGCGGCCCCCCCCGCCCCCCUUUUCCCCCCCGCGGCCCUCCCAGUUUUUGUGUCUGUGUCCGCGCUGCCGCUGUGUGCGGUGUUUGAAAAUGGAGGUUGAAGAUGCAGACUGCCAGCCCCGAUGUGCCUCAUGUUUGCGACUCCUGUGCACGAUGUACCACUGCAGCCAGCGCUGAGGGGAGACGGCGGCGCCCCCUGCCCCGGAGCCCGCCCCACCGCCCCGGAGACAGCGUCGCCCCGGGGCUUUCAUGCCUUGUUGUUGUUGCCGUUAAUACAUCUUGAAUAUCUGUGUAUUUUUGGUGUGGUUGCUCCGGAAGAUCAACACCCAGGGACCUCAGAAACCCUCCGGUUUACUAGUCCGAAGGGUCUUGUUUUUUUCAUUUCUUGAGACAACGUGGAUUUAUUUAUCCAGCUUCUCGUCCGGCUUUUGCCUCCGUCGUUAUUUUUAGAGAACGGGAAGAGAAAAGAAAACGAACAGUUUUGGACUUUUUUGUUUUGUUUUGUUUUCGAUAAGGAGAAUUUUGUCCAAUUAAAAAAAGAGGAAUGAAGUCUGGCGCUGGAGGAGGGUCCCUCGCCGUUGUCUGGGGGUUUCUGCUCAUCUUCGCCGCACUUUGUCUGUGGCCAACAAAUGGGGAAAUUUGUGGGCCAAAUGUCGACAUUCGCAAUGAUAUCCAUGAGCUGAAACGCCUGGAGAACUGUACGGUGAUAGAGGGUUUCCUUCGGAUUCUGCUCAUCUCUAAAGCAGAGGAUUACAGCAACUUCCGCUUUCCAAAGCUCACUGUCAUAACUGACUAUUUGCUGCUGUUCCGUGUGGCUGGCUUGGAAAGCCUCAGUGAUCUCUUCCCCAACCUCACAGUCAUUCGUGGGAGGAACCUCUUCUACAAUUAUGCCUUGGUCAUCUUUGAAAUGACAAAUCUUAAAGAGAUUGGGCUUCACAACUUGAGGAACAUAACCCGCGGGGCCAUACGGAUUGAGAAGAACUCUGACCUGUGUUACCUCUCCACAGUGGACUGGUCUCUUAUCCUAGAUGCAGUGUCCAAUAACUACAUCGUUGGGAAUAAACCUCCAAAGGAAUGUGGGGACUUGUGUCCUGGAACAAUGGAAGAGAAGCCAUUGUGUGAGAAGACAUCUAUUAACAAUGAAUACAACUACCGCUGCUGGACCACCAACCACUGCCAGAAAAUGUGCCCCAGCUCAUGUGGCAAGCGAGCCUGUACAGACCAAAAUGAGUGUUGCCAUCCUGAGUGCUUGGGGAGCUGCACGGCACCUGACAACAACACCGCCUGCGUGGCCUGCCGCAACUACUACUACGAGGGAGUCUGCUUGCCCACCUGUCCUCCCAACACCUACAAGUUUGAAGGCUGGCGCUGUGUGACUAAAGAGUUCUGCUCCAAAGUCCCUGCCACUGAAACCAGUGAAUAUGAGAGGUUUGUGAUUCACAACGACGAGUGCAUGGCAGAAUGCCCCUCUGGAUUCAUACGCAACGGCAGCCAAAGCAUGUUCUGCAGUCCUUGCGAAGGGCCUUGCCCCAAAAUUUGUGAGGAUGAGAAAACGAAGACCAUCGACUCCGUCACAUCAGCACAAAUGCUGCAGGGAUGCACGAUUCUCAAGGGAAAUCUGCUGAUUAACAUCCGCCGUGGGAAUAACAUUGCCUCAGAACUGGAGAAUUUUAUGGGUCUCAUUGAGACAGUCACAGGCUAUGUGAAGAUCCGUCACUCCCAUGCAUUGGUCUCCUUGUCUUUCUUGAAGAACCUGAGGUAUAUUCUGGGAGAGGAACAGGUGGAUGGGAAUUACUCCUUCUACGUGCUUGACAACCACAAUCUUCAGCAGCUUUGGGACUGGAAUCAUCAUAACUUGACAAUCAAGGAGGGGAAAAUGUACUUUGCAUUUAAUCCUAAACUGUGUGUUUCUGAGAUUUACCGUAUGGAGGAAGUUUCAGGAACCAAGGGGCGACAGAGCAAAGGAGAUAUAAAUCCAAGGAACAAUGGGGAGAGAGCCUCUUGUGAAAGCCACAUUCUGCGUUUUGUUUCCAACACUACUCUCAAGAAUCGGAUUAAGCUAACAUGGGAGCGGUAUCGCCCUCCAGAUUAUAGAGAUCUCAUUAGCUUCACUGUUUACUACAAAGAAGCGCCGUUCAAAAAUGUGACAGAGUACGAUGGGCAAGAUGCGUGUGGCUCCAAUAGCUGGAACAUGGUCGAUGUUGACCUGCCACCAAACAAAGAGAACAAUCCUGGAAUUCUCCUGCAAGGAUUGAAACCUUGGACUCAGUAUGCCAUCUAUGUCAAGGCUGUUACUCUCACAAUGAUGGAAAACCAUCAUAUUCACGGAGCAAAAAGUGAAAUUGUGUAUAUACGAACCAAUGCUGCAGUGCCAUCCAUUCCCUUAGAUGUUAUUUCAGCAUCCAACUCUUCAUCCCAACUGAUUGUGAAAUGGAAUCCUCCCUCUCUUCCCAAUGGCAACCUCUCUUACUACAUUGUGCGAUGGCAGCAGCAACCUCAGGACAGUUACCUUUACAGACACAAUUACUGCUCCAAAGAUAAAGUCCCAAUUCGAAGAUAUGCUGAUGGGACCAUUGAUACAGAAGAAGCUACUGAACCCACCAAACCAGAGGGCUGUGGAGGAGAAAAAGGACCUUGUUGUGCUUGUCCCAAGACAGAGGCAGAAAAGCAAGCUGAGAAGGAGGAAGCAGAAUACCGGAAAGUCUUUGAGAACUUCCUUCACAACUCGAUCUUUGUUCCCAGACCGGAUCGGAAGCGCAGGGAUGUGUUCCGAAUCGCAAAUGCCACUUUGGCCACUCGAAACAGGAAUGCAACUGGGACAGAUCAUUUCACCAAUGUUUCUGAUGCAGAGGAGAAUGAGGUGGAAUACCCAUUCUUUGAGACCAAAGUGGAUGGCAAGGAGAGAACUGUCAUCUCCCAUCUCCAGCCUUUUACUCUUUACCGCAUUGAUAUUCACAGCUGCAACCACGAAGCUGACACGCUUGGUUGUAGUGCUUCCAACUUUGUCUUUGCAAGAACCAUGCCUUCAGAGGGAGCAGAUAACAUUCCAGGAACGGUAACAUGGGAAACAAAAGAAGAAAAUACCGUCCACCUGAAGUGGUCAGAGCCUGCUAACCCAAAUGGGCUGAUUCUAAUGUAUGAAAUCAAGUAUGGCCAGCAUGGAGAGGAAAAGCGGGAAUGUGUGUCCAGACAGGAGUACAAGAAGCUUGGAGGAGCUAAACUAACUCACCUGAACCCUGGAAACUAUUCUGCUAGAGUUCAGGCCACAUCAUUAGCUGGAAAUGGGUCAUGGACUGAGCCAGUGUCUUUUUAUGUGCAACCCAAACCAGCACACUAUGGAAACUUCCUGCACUUGGUAAUUGUGCUCCCUAUUGUUUUCUUGCUCAUCAUUGGGGGAUUUCUGGUAAUGCUGUAUGUCUUCAACAAAAAGAGGAACAGUGACAGACUGGGCAAUGGAGUACUUUAUGCUUCUGUGAACCCUGAGUACUUCAGUGCUUCAGAUGUGUAUGUUCCAGAUGAAUGGGAAGUGCCCCGUGAGAAGAUCACCAUGUGUCGGGAGCUCGGGCAAGGCUCCUUUGGAAUGGUGUAUGAGGGAAUAGCCAAGGGAGUGGUCAAGGAUGAGCCAGAGACCAGGGUGGCCAUCAAGACAGUCAAUGAGUCUGCAAGCAUGCGAGAGAGGAUUGAGUUCUUAAAUGAGGCAUCAGUGAUGAAGGAGUUCAAUUGUCACCAUGUGGUUCGGCUGCUUGGUGUUGUUUCUCAGGGCCAGCCUACACUGGUUAUCAUGGAGCUGAUGACGCGUGGGGACCUCAAAAGUUACCUGAGAUCAUUGAGGCCAGACACAGAAAAGAAUCCUAGCCAGGCACCUCCAACUCUGAAGAAGAUGAUUCAGAUGGCAGGAGAGAUUGCUGAUGGGAUGGCAUACCUCAAUGCCAACAAGUUUGUUCACAGAGACCUUGCUGCAAGAAACUGCAUGGUAGCAGAAGACUUCACAGUGAAAAUCGGAGAUUUUGGCAUGACAAGAGAUAUCUACGAGACAGAUUAUUACCGCAAAGGAGGGAAAGGUUUGCUGCCUGUCCGCUGGAUGUCCCCAGAAUCGCUGAAAGAUGGAGUCUUCACAACACACUCCGACGUCUGGUCUUUUGGUGUUGUCCUCUGGGAGAUUGCAACGUUAGCAGAGCAGCCAUACCAAGGCAUGACCAAUGAACAAGUGCUCCGCUUCGUGAUGGAAGGAGGCCUCCUGGAAAAGCCAGACAACUGUCCUGAUAUGCUGUUUGAACUGAUGCGCAUGUGCUGGCAGUACAAUCCGAAAAUGAGGCCCUCCUUCCUGGAAAUCAUUGGUAGCAUCAAAGAUGAGCUGGACCCAGCCUUCAAAGAGGUCUCCUUCUUCUACAGUGAAGAGAACAAGCCUCCAGAUACAGAGGAACUUGACCUGGAGACUGAAAACAUGGAGAGCAUUCCUUUAGAUCCCUCCUCCACCCUCCAACCCACUGACAAGCACUCAGGACACAAAGCCGAGAACGGCCCAGGCGUGGUGGUGCUUCGGGCCAGCUUCGAGGAGAGACAGCCGUACGCACACAUGAACGGGGGACGCAAGAAUGAGAGGGCCUUACCUUUGCCCCAGUCUUCGGCCUGCUGAUCCUUAGAACCAGAAUCUCACAGAAACAAAACACAGAGAAACACCUGCAGUGGGGGAAGAAAGCAAGCAGAUUACAAUAGAUUCAAAAGCCUACUGUACCUCAGUGGAUCUUCAGAACUGCCAUAGCUGCACUUGGGAGAACCUUUUUUUCAGUAAACGAGUUCCCGUCUUUUUCUUUUUCCAAUAUGCAAGCAGAUGUUUGUGUCAGCAAAGGACUCCAUUCAUGGGGCACACAGUCGGCCUUUUAAAACUCUAAUGUUAACACUUAAUAGCAACAGAAAACUUGAGAUCUGAUGUCUCUCCCUCUCUCUCUCUCUUCUCUCCUCUCUGUCUUCUUUCUCUUUCUGUCUCUCUCUUUGCUUCAUAAUGGGAAACAUAUCUGUGUGCAAAUUCAACCGUGCGGCACUUUUAUCAGAUCAAAGAUAUCGCAGGCCAGGUGGCUCCCCGGUACCCUUGCAAGCACCUGCCUAACGCUGUAGGUCUUUAUAAAAGCAAACAAACAAAAACCACACACACACAAAAAACCAACAACCAACCUAAAAAGGACUGGAUUUUUAAGGUCUCUCUUGAAUCUUUUUAGGAACACACAAAAGAAUCAAAAAGGGCCAUCACUUGUCCAAGGCUGUUACCAUUUUCAACGCUGCCAAAUUUUGCCAAAAAAAAGAAAAAAAAAAAAAAAAAGAACUCUUUGUUUUCAUUUUGGUUUGGGUUUGUUUUUGGGUUGGUUUUUUUUUUUGUAAGCAUGGAAGGAGCACAGUAAUCAACUGCUCUGUUUAAAAGAGAUCCUGACCAAUAUGUUCUGUUCAAACCAUACACUGGCACUGAAAAACAAAACAUUAAAAAGCCAAUUGUCUAGAGCUUUUUUUUUUCCCAAAACUGGACAAAAUGUGAUUGGUUUGGUUUAUUAUGAUUUUUUUUUUCCUUGUGAUGGAGAAGAUGAAAGGGAUGGGGUAAAGAACCAGCCCCUCCCUGCAGCCCUGUCCCCACCCCAAUGAGUUCUGGACAAAACUGGCAGUGGUGAGCUAAACAAACGCGUGCAUUGCGUACAAAAACAUACAAAGUCAACCGCGCGCCAAAAACGCAACACGAAACUAAGCGGCAGAGAUCUCCACCGUUGCAGCCUGCCUUCCUCCACAGGCUUGCAAGGAAAAAACCUCCUAGAGUCCUAAAUUGGAGAAGACAAAAAAAAGCAGUAACCGGAUUCAAGUCUAUGAUGCUUUGUUGACCUUUUCUCUUUAUUAUUAAGACUUCUCGAAGGGUCUUGCAGUUCUAUGUUAGACCAUGGAUCAUUUGCAUACACAUUGUCUUUUGUGUCACUUUUAUAACUUUUUUACGGUUCAGAUACUCAUCUAUAUGUCUGUACAGAAAAAAGCUGCUAUUUUUUUUGUUCUUUAUCUUUGUGGAUUUAAUCUAUGAAAACCUUCAGGUCUGCCCUCCUUCCCUUCCCUCCUACUCCCACAAAUUUUCUUAUGCUUUGUACUAUAGUGUGUAACUUUUACUUCCUCCUUCCCAGUAACUGAUACCUUUCAUAUGAUUUGCCAUGAACUGUUUAAUGCCUUUUUAUAAAUACAUUUCUUCCUUUUUUUUCCCCCCCUUUUUUUUUUUCCUUUCUUUUGGUUUUUUUUUUUUUUUCCCAUUAGUUGUUUUACAACAUCUUGGCUGUGUGGGCUACAGAGCUUUGGAGGGGAGAGAAGGAGAAAGAAGGGACACCCAGCACAGAAACACUCUAGCAGCGCUGUGGUGUUUUUAAGCCCCAGUUUUCCUUCCUUCCAACUAACCUCUGCCCAGACAGCACGCGAGUCUCUUUACAGUGCAAGGCAUGAUACAAACUCAGGUCAGAAAAAAAAAGGUUAAAUAUUUAGUACAUUCUUGUUCAGUGUUUAUAUUCAUUGUUGUACCAGGGUCCUACCCCUCCUUUCCCUCCCUGCUUGUUUUGGUUGUGGCACACAUCCACCCACUCAUCCCCACAUACGCUCCCAGCACACAUCCAUACAGGCACACACAUAUCUUUUUUUUCCCUUGCUGGGUACAACAGCAGCCACCAGGCUUUUGGGUCACUGAUUUUUAAAAAGACUAUUUUUACCUUUCCAGCCCAUGAGCAAGAGCUAUACCAGUUGCAGGUGCUGAUGCCAGGCAUUCCUGGGGUGGCAACUGUACAACUGGCUCCAGCACACUGCAGCUCUUUGCCUUCCUGAUGAGGAAGCCCUCAGGGAGGGCACCCCAGGCUGUGCUUUACACCCUUGUUGAAGAAAAAGUCAACAACAGAACCAAAACACCACCCCCUCCCCCCCAUCAUUUGUGUGGGGCUAGCUGAAAACCAUGUAGCUGGAGCCAGGGGCUGGGCCAGCAACCAGAAUCACAGAAUCAGUCAGGUUGGAAAAGACCUUUGAGAUCAUCAAAUCCAACCUAUUGCCUAACAUUAAUCAACUCAGUUGUGGCACCAGGUGCCUCGUCCAGUCUCUUUUUAAACAGUUCCAGGUGACUCCACCACCUCCCUGGGCAGCUCAUUCCAAUGCUAACCGCUCUUUCUGUGAAGAACUACUUCCUAACACCCAGGCCAAACCUCCCCUGGUGCAGCUUGAGACUAUGUCCCCUCCUUCUGUCACUGGUUGCUUGGGAGAAAAGACCAACCCCUACCUGGCCCCAGCCUCCUUUCAGGUAGUUGUAGAUAGCGAUGAGGUCCCCCUGAGCCUCCUCAGCUCCCUCAGCUGCUCCUUGUAGGGCUGUGCUCCAGACCCCUCACCAGUCUUGGUGCCCUUCUCUGGACACAUUUGAGCAUCUCAACAUCUCUCUUGAAUUGAGGGGCCCAGGACUGGACACAGUUCUCAAGGUGUGGCCUGACUAGUAUUGAGUACAGGGAAAGAAUGACUUCUCUGCCCCUGCUGGCCACGCUAUUUCUAACACAAGCCAGGAUGCCACCGGCCUUCUUGGCUGCCUGAGCACACUGUUAACCAGUACCCACAGGUCCCUCUCUGCUUGGCUGCUCUCCAGCCGUUCUCUCCCCAGCCUGUAGUGCUGCAUGGGGUUGUUGUAGCCAAAGUGCAGAGCCCGGCACUUAGCCUUGUUAAAUCUCAUGCUGUUGGACUCUGCCCAUCUAUCCAGCCUGUCAAGGUCCCUUUGCAGAGCCCCUCCUACCCACUAACAGAUCGACACUUGCUCCCAAUUUGGUGUCAUCUGCAAACUUACUAAUGGUGGACUCAAUUCCCUCAUCCAGGUCAUCGAUGAAGAUAAUAAACAGUUAAGCGUUGGCAGCUAUGGAAACCUGUGCAAGUACAAGCUUGUUGCUUAAAUCCUAGACCAAACCUCAGAACAAAAGAAAAUGAGUAAGCUUGUUUGUUCAGUUGCAGAAGCCUUGGUAAAAGGGGAAGGAGGGGGCCAUCAGAAAGUCUACAACCAGGGAGUCGCACCAGUUGCUUAUCUUACAUUAGUCACAGCACCGAAGCCUUUGUUUAGCACUGAUCAAACCAAAUGAUGGCAGUGAAGAGGUGGUUCUGGGAUGGAAAUGUUUAAAUCUUUGAGUAAGAACAAAGAAUUAAAGUAUACUGAUUGCUAGUUUUGACUGGAGAUUUUAAGAAGUUUGUAGUGCUUUUUGCUUGGGUAGUUUAGGUCCCAUUAUCUUCUCUUGCCUCUGUCCCAUAGUUAUUUUUCCCUUUAAAAAAUGAAAAAGGCAAAAAAGUUGAUUAAGAAGGUAUUCUAUGUAGGAGUUUUUUAUUUAUUUUUGUGAUAUCAGUUUAAAUCACUGUAGAGAUGCCCCAUAAUAAAUUUAAAUACUGAGAUAAGGGUUUUUGAGUAUGACAGGGGGACAGUUUUUGAUUUUUUUUUUCAAACAUUUAUCUACCUCACUCUUAUUUUUUAUAUGUGUGUAUAUAUAAAAAAAAUACAUCUCACAUUUCUCAGCAGCCAAUUAAUGCCGUUGAUACUGGUAACCUCUCACUCCAUAUACCACAUGCUCUAGGGUCUGGAGGGGAACAGUCACUGUCUGUCACAAAGGGUCACUUCAGAGUGUUUGCCUCGAUUCCAAAGACUUUCUCCUAUUUUUUUUGCUCAAAUUCACUAUUGUGAGGAGAAAUCCAAGGACUUAAGGUGUUCAUUCUGUAAGGAAAUGCGAAGGCUUUUUGAUGUGCUGUCAUGGCAGUCUUCAGGUCAGCAACAGAAUGCUGCAUGUUUAGCUGAGUUGGGGACAAAGCUGGCCUGAUAAGAGAACUUCAAAUGCUGAGCAUUUACUGAGAUCAGAAAUCCAUUACUUACAGUGUUUGAAGGUCCAGAAGAAGGGAAUGAUCUUUCUCUUCCUCCUGUAAAUGGGCUAAGUCAUUCUUGCCACUUUUUUAUCAGAUGCCACAAGCACCAAUAAGAAGUUUGGCUGAAUCAGCACCUAAAAAUAAAUUGGCUCACACAGCAAUAGCAUCGCUUCCUCCACCAAAAAAACACUAGGGACAAACCUGUCGCAGGCUGCCUGAUGAUACUGCUACGCUGGGUUCACAGCUCGAGUUCUUUGCUGCUUCUGUUUAAUAAGAGCACUGAUUUGAUUUUUUUUUUACGUUUCAAAACUAACAUUGAAUUGAUUUAUUUUAAUGUGCCAGUAAAAAUUCACUUCCCUCUUCUUCCCCUGUUUAUAUGCUUCAUAACUGUGGGUUCUGAUGCACCAACCAUCAAAAUUUAACUGCCCUCUGACAGUGUGUAACUGGUUUACAAGCACACAGGACUAACACAGCCUUGCCAUCAACUUGAUGUAUAAUGUUUCUCUUUUUCCAGCUCUGGCAGCUGUUCGUGCAGGUGUUGGUUGUGGUAUCUGAAUAAUGUGGUGCUUGGCUACUUGGAGUUGUACAUGGCCUCUUGAACACACAGCGCUGUGGUUAAGACCUACAGAGUUUGUCUUUGGAGGGAGCAUUUCUGUCCAGCGCUGAGAAACCAGCAAGAUGUAAGAUUUUUCUUGCUUGAUUUGAGUUUCCUUUUUUUUUUUAUUGGAUUCCAGUGACCUUUUGCUGCAGUGGCUCUUCCCCUCCCUUGCACAUAUUGAUUACCACAACUGGAGAUCCUCAGAUCUUUCAGCUGGCUAGGAGGGUUUUGUUCAAACUGUCCAAGUUACUGGUGGUUAUAAUUGUAGGUAGGUGGUUUUCAGAUGCAUUAGGAAGAAACACUAACGAUGUAGCGCCCAUCAUGAUAGACAUUUCAAAAAGCACUUGGGUAGAAGACAGUCGUGAGACAUCACGUGUGUGAUGACAGUCAGCUCUCCUGGACCAAACCACCUUCAUGAUACCAUUGCGUUCUGUGUUUGCAAUUCAAGCUUAAUUCCUUUUUUUUGUUCUGUUUAUUUCCAUAGCUUUUGUUGUUGUUGUUGUUGUGUUUUGUGCAUUUUGAAUAGCUUUAUUCACAUGGGUUUUUUCAUGCAGACUUCCCUUGGACAGUAAAUUGAGUUGUUUGUGCAUGUGAACAACUGAGAAUGUUGGCUUGAUAGAGUCAUAAUAUGGUUUGUAAUGUUGUUCUUCUCUGAGACCACUGGCUUGUCUGGUAUGGAAAAUUUAUUUAGAACUUCAGCUAUGUUUGAAUAAAGUUAAAGUAAUCCACUUUGUUUAUAAAUUGAAAACAAAAGCCCACCCAGCCCUGCGAACCGGCAUUUUGACAAAUGGUACCAAGGUGUUCUAAUGCAGUAGGAUCACAAACUGGCGUCACUGCAGGGAGCAGGCAGCUCUGCUGGUAGCACUUGGCCAUUGUUCUCACCUGACAUUGGAAGGCUACUCAGUGGCCCAGAAGGUGGUUUGGUCCCACAGGACUGGGGCUCCUGUGUGUAAACACAGAAGUGUCAUCUGCCUGGUACUAAAUAAGAUGUUCUUUUGGGGGAGUGAUAAACUUGACACAGAAGCUGAGCGUGAUGAAAAUGUGAGGCCGGCCUGUGUGCACCAAGUCUUUCUCAGCAUGAUGCCUCUGCUCUUUAAAGCUGGUUCUAAGUGAUGUAUGAUUCUAGGCAUGUGCGUACUGAUGGCACUUACUGGCCUUUGUAAACGAAGGAAGGAAAGCCCAGUUUGCCCAGGACAACUGGUCACCAGGUGGAACUGCUGUCAGGUCCUCUGGGAACUGCCAAGGGGUGUUUGGUACAAUCCGAGUCUAAGUGAACAACACUCCUGUUGUUACACAGUAUAACUCCAUACAUAUAUAUCUAUAUAUACAUAUAUAUAUAUGUGCAUAUGUAUAUCUAUAAUAUAGAUAUAUAUAUUUAAACCCUUUUCAUUCCAUUAGUAAAAGUAACACUUGUUUCCUGUUAUUCUUAUUUUGUUUGUCAACCGUGUAUUUAAUCACUGGGCUGAACAACAGUGGAGGAAGGUGCAAGGGAUUCACUCCUUACUAACCAGUGAUAAAAGCCAGGUAUUGCAACUUAACCCGUGAGUAGUUGUGCAGACAAGAAUUUAAGAAUGAUGUGUAGAAACAACACUAGUGGCUGGGGGUGCUGAAGAUACAGAACUAUAAAUAGAAAGGCUUCAAAGGAUGCCUCAGGUCAGAAUCUGGUUGCUCAGAGACAAAGAAUUGCCUCUGAAAUUGAAGGCAGCCAGGUAAAUCAGACUGGGAAGCGUUUGUGUGGAGACAUGUGAAAAACAAGGACGUGGCAGUGGAUAUUUAUAGAGACACAGGGCUUGGCAGAAGCUUGAGGUAGUUUCCUGAGCAUAAAACAUGGGACAGCAUCAGAGCUCAGGUAUCACAAUUCUGAUCGUUGGUACUUGUAAGCGAAGCUUUCCAGUUUGCAGCUGGAGUGGUACAUCCAUCACUGGCUGAGCGGUCGUUGCCAUCAGUCUGUAUGAAUCAGUCUCAAGAGCUGCUCUGCUUUGCAAGUACCUUAAGACCAUCCCUAGCUGGUGUGCGUGAGUGUGUGCUCAUCCUUUUCUUUGUGUGCAUUCCCUUGGUUAGUAACCCAUUAGCAUUCUCCAUAGGGCUUUAAGUCCAGUAGAUUACGGGUAGUCAGUUGACGAAGAUCUGGUUUACAAGAACUAAUUAAAUGUUUCAUUGCAUUUUGUAAGUACAUAGAAUAAUUUUAUAAAAUGUUUGUAGAUUGUAAAUGCCUAAAAUAUAAUUUAAGGGCACUUUUCUGUCUCUGUGUAUGAGUGUGUCUGUCUGUCAUCAGGGUUUUUCGAUGGUACCAGUUUACUAGCUAGCUUUACAAUAUGCCAAAAAGGAUCGCUAACUUGUCCAAGUCACGGCCUGUCCCUCUUCCCUACCCGCCCGAGCUUUGUGUCCCAGUAUACAGCCAACCAGUAAAGAAGUUGGGGAAAUGUUCUGUAUCUUCAGUAUCCUGGUCUUCCAGAGCCCUCUGGUUGGGGUGGGAUCAUCUUAACUGGUCAUUUCACUUUGCUGUCUAGGGCAGUUACCUUAAUGGAUUACAAGAACCUCACUGGUCAGGGAAACAGAACAGGUUUUGCUGCUACCCAGUCUCCCUUGUGCUGUUCAGUACCUGCUUCGCGGUGGCCAUGUGGUUUGAAGGAUGCGACUGCGUAGGAGGAAGAGGGAAGAUGGUUUCUGUAAUGACUGUUGAACUAUUUGCAGAUUUCUCAUCACACUAAAAGUUUGUGUGCAGCCUCUGAAGACAUUGAGCACCAUUUGGAGCUUUGUUGAGACGAGCAAGGCAGGGUCCCUAUUUAUUUUUAUUUAACAAUAUUAACAGUCCCUUCCUUUCCCUUCACUAUUUCCCCUUCCCCUUAUUUGACCAACCACAUUGCUGAAGGGUUCUGAUGAUUUAGAUACUGUUUUAAAACCAGCUCUUCUGUUUUCUGAACCAGUGAGGUUUGAGAUGAAAUGAUUGGCCAGAGUUUGUCUACCUCUGGGACAAAAACAAAACUAGGAAGUGCUAAGGAAUGGAUGCAGUUGCAAAUACAACAUUUUCCAAUUUUUCUUGUUUCAAUUUUUUUAAGAGAAAAAAUUAAACAACAACAUGGCCAAUUUAUUACAUAAAAAAAGACUUGCUGUGUAUAAAUUAUUCCUAAAGAAAUUCCUGUGUUUAUAUUAAAAUGAAUCAGUAGAUUAAAAAAAAAAAAAAAAAAAAGGAAAAAAAUUCAAAAUGUUUUUGUAUAUUCUGUUGUAAGAAUUUAUUCCUGUUAUUGCGAUAUACUCGGGAUUCUUUACAUUAUGAAAAGAAGAAACUUUGUCUAUUUUGAAUGGCUGAAGCUAAGGCUCCUUUAGUUUCUCUUACUCUGCUUUUUUCUAGUAGUUUCAGUACUACGUGAUUUAAGUUAAAUAAAAGAAUUCUGUAUGCA